AUGACAGCCACGGUUGGACGAUAUCGCCGCUUCUCUGCCCUGGUUGCCGCUGGCAAUGGACAGGGCGUCUGUGGCAUCGGUCGGGGAAAGUCGGUCACAAUGCGGGCUGCCCUAAAGCGCGCAAAGCACCGGGCUUUCCUCAAUCUCAUGUCUUUUAACCUAAGGGAGAACAGAACA